AUGUCAUUUUGCGAUAAGUCCAAGCAUCACGAAAGAGCGAUCAAAGCCUUUGGCGAGAGUGGGGAGGACGAGGAUGACGGUCUUGACAUCAUCGAAACAUUGCGCAAAGAUCUUGACCUUUCGCAGUAUAUUGACGUCCUCACACAAAGCCAGGCCCAGUCGCAGAGGGUAGCUGAAGAAUCAACAGAUGACGAACAGGACGUACGAAAGCCGGAGGUGUCACGAAAUAGAAAGACAUCUACUUCUGGUACUGACGAUGCUGAUUCAGAAGCUGAUUUGUUGGCUGAUGAAUUCGACACUGGUGCUGCCUACAAGCAGUACAAGGGUCGCAGGACUCACAACCGUAAGCGCGUCGCUGCCGAAACCAACAGGAUUCGUGCUGCAAAGAAGAGCAAAGCAUCGGCUGCAUCAAGUAUCGUCGGUCGAAAAGCUCCGCCAAAGAAAGACACGGGAUAUGGUCCGACGGGAUUCACCACCGACUCUUUGGGAGAUGAUGCAGGUCCUACGCCUACUUUUCUGGACGACCCGAUUCCUGAUUAUAUCAUCUCGCGACAGCGGUCACUGAAGAAGUUGCAUGAAGCUGGCCUGCGAUAUCCUCCUAGCUAUCGAAAGGUUGACUGGUCCGAUAUUGCCGACACCGAAGAGAAGCCAUUGCUUCACAAGGAUAUCCUGCCGCAACGAGAGAAAGAGGACAUCAAACUUCGCCAGUCGCAUGGUACCAUACCCGGGCCCAUUGCUCAAUGGCUGCGCGACUACCAAGUUGAAGGCGUCCAGUUCCUUCAUGACAAGUUUGUCAAGCAGACAGGUGCCAUACUUGGCGACGACAUGGGCUUGGGCAAGACCAUCCAAGUCAUCGCAUUUCUAACAGCAGCGUUCGGUAAAACGGGCACUGAGCGCGAUGCAGCCUGUAUGCGGAAGAUUCGUCGCUUACCCGAAGAACCAUGGUAUCCGCGAGUACUCAUCGUAUGUCCGGGUACACUUAUGCAAAACUGGGAAGAUGAGCUAUCAAAGUGGGGUUGGUGGAACGUCUCUCGAUACCACGGCUCCAACAUAGCCGACAGAAAGGGCGUCCUUGGCGCCGCAGCGAAGGGAUCGCUCGAAAUCAUGAUCACGACAUAUACAACAUACCGCAAUCAUGAGAGCGAGAUUAACAUGAUCGACUGGGACUGCGUCAUCGCUGACGAGUGCCAUCAAGUCAAAAGUAAGAAUGCUGAGAUUACCAAGGCGAUGAACAAGAUCAACGCGUUGUGUCGUAUUGGUCUGACAGGCACGGCUAUUCAGAACAAAUACGAAGAAAUUUGGAACCUCCUCAACUGGGCACGACCUGGUGCAUAUGGCUCAGCACAAGAGUGGAAACAGAAGAUCAGCCUGCCCUUGAAGUUAGGUCAGGCUCACGAUGCUACCAAUGCGCAGCUGGCCGAUUCGCGAAGCAAGGCACAAGACCUGGUUCAUAACAUCCUACCUAGUGUCUUUCUUCGGCGUAUGAAGACGCUUAUUGCUGAUCAAUUACCGAAGAAGAGCGAUCGCAUCAUCUUCUGCCAGCUCACCGAGACCCAGGCCGAUGCAUACCGAACAUUUCUCGAGAGUGACAGGUGUGAGAUGAUACGCACUGCACGAGAAGAAUGCGACUGUGGAUCUAAGAAGGGUAGAGGAUAUUGCUGUCAUGUCGAAUUCGAAGGUGAGAAGUGGUCAAAUUACAUUUUCCCUGCCAUGAUCACAUUCCAGAAACUUGCGAAUCACCUCGGUUUGAUAGUACCAAUGUCGAGCGAAAACCAGGAGAAGCAAGCUAAAGAUCUCCAAACACUUGAGAUAGCUUGUCCUGACACGUACAAGAAACUCUACGCGAUCCGCGACAACAUCUUGAGACAAUCCCAGCGAGAGUUUUGUGGAAAAUGGAAGGUGCUGCGGCGAUUGCUCGACUUCUGGUACUCAAAUGGCGAUAAAGUCCUCAUCUUCUCACACUCGGUUCGCCUAUUGAGGCUACUCAGGGGUCUUUUCGAUGUGGAUGGUACGAAGUACAACUUUUCGUACCUUGACGGCAGCAUGAAGUACGAAGAUCGCUCUCAGGCAGUCGCAGAUUUCAACGCAGAUCCCAAUCAAUUUGUCUUUCUAAUCAGCACCAAGGCGGGAGGCGUUGGUCUGAACAUCACCUCUGCCAACAAGGUCGUCGUAAUGGAUCCACACUGGAACCCAGCAUAUGACCUUCAAGCCCAAGAUCGCGCCUACCGUAUCGGCCAAACACGCAAUGUCGAGGUCUUUCGCCUAAUCUCGAGCGGCACGAUCGAAGAAGUAGUUUAUGCCCGUCAGAUUUACAAGCAACAACAGGCCAACAUCGGCUACAAUGCCUCUGAAGAGCGCCGCUACUUCAAAGGCGUAAUGGACCAGUCCACCAAGAAAGGCGAGUUAUUCGGUCUAGAAAACCUCUUCACAUUCGAAGAACACAGUGUACUUCUCCGCGACAUCAUGCAUAAGACCAACGUUGCAGAGUCAAAAGCCGGUGUCAAUGCCUACGACUUCCACGUCGACGAGUCGCAAUUUGACAGCGAAGACGAGGACAUUCUGAGCAACAAGAAUCUGGGCCUCGAUGACGACGCUAACAUCGCCGGUAUCAAGAGGUUUGCUGAUUCGUUUUUGGCAAGUGCCAGUGCCAGGGGAAAGAAGGUCGUGAAAAGGAAUGGGCCGGAUCCGAUCAACGCCAUCUUAGCGAAAGCUGGUGUGCAGUACACGCAUGAAAAUUCCGAGGUUAUUGGUCGCAGCGAGAUGGAAGCGAGGCUGGGCAAGCGCGCACAGGAACUGCGCAACGAUGUUGAUCUGGGUAAUGAACGCGUGUUCCAGGGCACGCAAUCGCAGUCUCAAUCACAACCGCAGCACCACUCUAGCCCUCUGAAUGAUUCCAACGAUCUUGAAGAUUCCGGGGCUGAUGACGACGACGUUCAUAUCACGGGUAGUGCGAUGAAAGGAGAGUUCAAGAUCAACUACCGGCCACGAAUUCUUAUUAUUGGCUGCGGUGCCGUUGGCUUGUCGCAAGGCUACCACCUGUCAACAGGCGCAGACAUUACCUACCUGGUGCGCCCUGGACGCAAAUCAGCUUUCACUGGUCCUAAGCACCUCUAUUCCUACAAAGACAACGAAGUCUACACCUUUUCUGGCUAUCGGCUAGCUGAGUCUCUAGAUGAAAUCCGCGGAGAAACCUUCGUAUUUGUGUUUGACACACUGGACGGAAACACUGCGCGUUCAGAAGCCGGCAUUGUAACAAUUAGUGCUGUGGGCAAGUUUUUAAAUGAGAAGCAGAAUAAAGAUUGCUUUGCAAUUUACUCAGCCAUUGGACUGGGUAUCGAAGAGCACUACGCUAGCACUAUGCGCAUCUCGCCUACUCGUCUGUUCGCCGGCAUAAGCAUGCUUGCGCACCAGCCGACCACUCGCAUCUCCGUACCAAGAACCGCAGACAAAGACAAAGUUGCCAACGCUGAUUUAUUAUUCUCUCACCUGGAACCCAAGACUGGAUUUCUCGCCUUCAACACCCAGCCUCCGCUCGUGAAGAAGUUUGAAGCCAUCUACAACGCCAACGGCAAGCUAAGCAUCCAGACUAUACCGGCGUUUGUUCCGCCAUGGCUCGUAUUUUUGCACCUGUUGCACCUUAUUACUUGGCAUGUCGACAAGUGGACGCCGUUUGAACAGUUUCGCACCAAUACCGAACUUUGGUCUCUUAUGAUCCGCGCACAGGCAGAAUUGCUGACCCUGCCACGUUUUGGUUGGACUGGUUGGAUUCUAUCAUUCUUGAUCAAGGGUUGGGCUGCAGAGAAGCUCAUUGCACCACUUGUUGAGGGAGUGAAGCCUGUGAAGCUUGAGGAGUUCAAUGCUUUUCAUCAUGGAGGCAAAGUAAUAAAACAGGAUGUUCGUACCUUGGAGGAUAUCCUAAGGGAGGGAGAGGGCGCUGGAAUGAAGAUGGGUAGUUUGAGGGAAAUCAUCAAAAGAGUACAUGAGGUAGAGAAAAUGAAGGCGAGCAGAAUGUAA